UUACAUGGUAUGUUCUCUAGUCAAUAAUACUCUCUUAACUACUUUACAUUUAUUUGUUCUUGUCUUCUUCUCAAUUAACAUACAUAUAGUUUGACACUUUGUAUGUGUUUGUUUCCUACACAGGAACAGAAUCAGCAAAAGCUUCGAAAGGCUGUCUCGGACGUGUCGAAGGAAAUUGGAAGAUACUAUAAUGACUUGGAGUUGGAGAGACAACUUGGUGCUAUUGAAGAGGUGGAACAAGCUGAAUGCCAAUGUUGUGGGAUAAAGGAGGACUGCACCACGGUUUAUAUCACAGAGGUUCAAGAAUGUUAUUGUGGGAAGUGGGUUUGUGGGCUUUGUUCUGAAGCUGUUAAGGAAAGAGUAGGGCGAAGUCCUAAGGUUGCCAUGCAAGAUGCUUUGAACUCUCACAGGGAUUUCUGCCAGGAAUAUAACGCCACCACUAGGCUUAACCCCCAACUCUCGAUAACUCUUUCUAUGAGGGAAAUAGCCAAAAGAAGUUUGGAGAAUAGGAAAUCUAAGGGGUUAAGCAUAAAAAAGCUUAGUCGGACCUCUAGUUAUCCAUGAAAUUAUUAAGUGAUUUGGCAUCUUGUUUCUGCUAAUCUCUAUAUGAUAUACACAUAAUUAAAUGUUAUUAAUUUUUUCUUGUAAAUUAAAAAAUUUUGAU